CUUUCGUGUGCUAAGAAUAGCUUCCAACAAAUUGAAUCUUGAGAAAGGACAUGAGUACCUCCAAGAAUCGUCUCCUGUACGCAUUUACUGUCAUUUUGUUGACGGAAACAGCUACUUCAUCUACGCUUGUCGAAUCGGUUUUGUCCACAAGAGAAGGAGUUCUUCUCAAAGGCCAUCCUAUUCAACGGCAGCGGACUUCAAGCUUCUUGUCGUGCGCACACAUUUGCUUAAGGAAAGAGGAAUGCCAUUCUAUUAAUUACAAAGCUUCAUCCGAGACGGAGGGCGUUUGCGAACUUUUAAAAGACACCGGUAGACAUCUUAAUAACAGUUUCGUGAAGGGGCCAGGAUGGUUACACGCACAGAUCGUUCAUUCCGGAGUGAGUGCUCGUACAGGCAGCAAUAUACCAAAUUUCAAAUUCAUCUUCACAACUCUUGGUGCGGUGGGUUCUAUCGGGCCGACAAACUUAUCUGGGUAUAAUGGAACAACAUUACAAGGGAAGGUGAGAAUUGAAAACGGCAUCCAAUUAUGGAUUGUACCGUUAAGUGGAUCUUACGUCAUAGAGGCCUGGGGAGCAUCUGGAGCUGACGGCCGCGAAUCAGCUGACGUGUCAGCAGCCACAAGAGCAGGAGGGAAAGGCGCUUAUGUAAAAGGAACUUUCAAUCUCACUCUUGGAAAAGAACUCAAAAUUCUUGUUGGACAAACUGGUAGCAGAGGAAAAUUUGGUAGACCGUUACCGGGAGGGGGAGGAGGGGGAACAUUUAUCACUUCUUCAGCAGACGCUCCCUUGAUUAUUGCUGGUGGAGGGGGAGGGGGUGUUGCGCAGCCAGGAAAUUUCCAUAAAGGAGAUCCAGGCCAGACCUCACAAAAUGGAUCACGGGCCGGGGGUUCAAACGGAUCUGGCGGAAACCUAUACGAGCAGGGCUCGCCCGGGGAUGGGCAGUCUGGCAACAUAGAAGAAGGAGGAAAAGGAUUUGUAAAUGGAGGAAGAGGGGGAAACUCUCCCCUUGAAGGCCAUGGAGGGUUUGGAGGAGGUGGUGCAGCAUGGGUGUACCCCGGGGCAGGGGGUGGGUACUCGGGUGGGGGCGUUGUGAAGGAUAAGAAUGAAACUAUAGCUGGCGGGGGAGGGUCUUUUAACACUGGCGCUAAGCCGGAGAAGGAAGAAAGGUUAGGAGAAGGAGAUGGGAAGGUUGUCAUAACACUUUUUGAGCUUGCCGGAUAAAUAAUUUAUGUAAUGGCAUUACGUCUGCAUGUAUUGAGAGAGAGAAAUGGAAGUUUCACAUCAAAUAUAUUUACUUCUGUGAUUCCACGUCGGUUAAAACUUAGAUAUCUUAGUUUGACCGACCUCAUUGGUUGUGCUAGAACAGUAAUUUGGGGGUGUAUGGGGUAGGGCCCUCUAUGAGAACAUUUUAAAAAGUAAUAUAAUUUCUUUAAAUUGCUUGUAAACUGUA